AUGGAUGAAACCAUAGCCCGAAUAGUGACAGACCUGGAAUCUCAAGCACCAAUUUCACUGUCUUUCCUCAAAGAUCUCCAAGUGCUGCUAGACUACACUCUCAAUACAAACGAUUCCAUCGAUUUUGAAAAUCUCUGCACUGAAAUUUCUUCAAGAAAUCUGUCGCUUUCUUCACUAACAAAUGCUAUUUCCUCAGCAAUAGAUUCCGGGCCCACUAAUUUAUCCAUUUUUGGUUCGAAAGUUUACUUAUCUCUACUUUUAUCCCCAAAUUCUCCUGUUUUUACUCUGUUCACUCCAAUGGCUUUUCUGUCUCUGUUGCGUGUUGUCCGUCGAGCGUUCAAGAACCUGUCUGGGGUUUCGAGUGAAGGGGCUGGGUCUAGGAGCCAGGGUGCGAAGAAGAAAGGGAGGAAAAAUGUUGGACAGAGGAAGAACAGCGGGGAAACUAGGGAUUUUUUGGAAAAUGAGGUGGAGGAAGUGGGUUUUGAGGUCAAAGAUUUGUUGUGUGUGCUUGAGAGGUUGGAAAUGGUAUUGGGUUUGGUUCAUUUAGGCCGGUUUCCAGAUUGUUUGAAGGGUUUGAUUCUGACUGUAUGUGAGAUUCCAGUAAUGGCCGUUGACUUUUCACAGAAUCUCGUGAGUUUUGGGAGGUUAUGCGAGCUCUGUUCACGGGUUUUGAGUGAAGUGUUGAAAGCUGAGCAUGGAAAUCAAGGGGAUUCUGCAGCUGAGGUUUUGAAGGCUUUGACACCAUUGAUUUUUUUAACUAAGUCACAGGCUAGGAGUUUUGGUUUGGGCUUUGUUGUGAAUAGGAUGGUGGGAAUGGGGAGAAAUUCGGGUGAAAUAAGAAAGGCGGUUUUGAAUUUGCCUAAGCAUAUGGUGAGAAAGGCGCCAGAAAAAGCUGAACCUAGGGGGUUGGCAGUGGAGUCAAUUAUGGAGGUUGUUAAGGUUUUGGACUUUGAGGAUCAAGUUGAGUUUGCUGAUUAUGUGGUCAAGAUGAGCCAAGGCAACACACAGUUUAGACUUUUGGCUGUUGAUUUAAUUCCAGUUUUAAUGGUGUCAUUGAGAGAUCCGUUGGGAUUGGAUUCUGAUGAUGGGUUCAAGGGUUCAUGGGGGCUGAGGUGUGUAGAGGCGUUGAUUCAGCGUUGCUCGGAUAUAACUGCUGGGAUUAGAGCUAAAGCUUUGACAAAUUUAGCUCACUUAGUGGGUUCCUUGUCAGGGAUCGAGAAGAGUAGAGCAGUGUUGAAAGAAGUGAUGGGAUUUGGAAAUGAUAGGAAUAUGAGUUUUGAAGGUGGGUUAAAUGAUCUCUUGCGAAGACGCUGUAUGGAUGAGAAGGCUGCAGUGAGAAAGGCAGCUCUUGUUCUGGUAUCCAAGUUGACCGCUCUUUUAUGCGGUGAACUUGACGAAGAACUACUAAAAACAGUUGGCAUGGACUGUUCCGAUCCACUUGUUAGCAUUAGGAAAGCGGCAAUCACUGCUCUAUCUGAGGCUUUCAGGAUACACUCGACUCAUACCGUGACCAAGGAGUGGCUACAUUCUGUUCUGCGUUUGAUAACUGAUAAUGAAACUAGCAUCCAAGAAGAAUGUGAGAAUCUAUUUCUAGAACUGGUUCUUGAUCGGGUGUCAAAUGCUGGAUCAACAAGUUCGUCAUGUAAUGACUCCUUUCAUCAUGAAUUAAAUGACAAGAAAAAUAGCUUGGAUAUGAAAAUUGAGCUGUUAUAUCCUGAGGGAGUUCUAGGACUAUUGAAAGAGAUUUGUAACGGAGAGGUGGCAUCUUGGGUAAAGAAAAUUUGCACAAGCCUGGGCAAAAAGAAAAGACUCAGGUCAAAUGUUGUUAUUUCUCUUCAAAAUAUCAUAAAGACAUCAGAAUCCCUUUGGUUGAACCACUCCAAGCAGAUACAGAAGUGGACGGCACCUCCUGGUGCCUGGUUUUUAUUAUCAGAAGUGUCAGCAUUUCUUCCAAAAGCAGUGGACUGGGAGUUCCUCCAUCAUCAUUGGCAGCUCCUUGACAAGUAUAAACCUGUUCAUGAACUCAAAAGCCCACUUGAGCAAGAUGUGAAUGAAGGGAUGGUGGACAUAGAAUCUAAUUCUCUUGCUUGGGCAGGAGAUCGCGUCUUUCUCUUGCAAACAAUCUCUAACGUCUCUGUAGAACUACCUCCUGAACCUGCUGCAGACCUAGCACAUAACUUUCUCAAACGGCUUGAGGAGUUCAACAUGCACUCAACCGAGGUUAACGCACAUGUAAAGGCACUCAAAACACUGUGCAAACGGAAGGCUUUGCAUUCUGAGGAAGCUGAUUCUCUUGUUAUAAAAUGGGUUCACCAGCUUCUUUCUAAAGCUUCCCAAGUUUUAGAUAUGCACCUGUCAGAAAUUGCUGAUGCAAAUAAAGACAGUGCUUUACUUACUCCAAAGACUCUUGCAAUUGAGAAAGGAACAAGAGAAGCUGCAACCUCAUCCACAUUAGAAUCACGGUCCAUUACUGCUGUAUUUACCAUUGGCUCAUUAGUUGUUAUCUGUCCUUCUGCCGAUUUAAAAGCUAUUAUUCCAGUAUUAUACACCAUCAUCACUUCUGGGAGUUCAGACCGAAAAUCUAAUAGAUUACAUAGGGCUGCGCUUUCUUUAAAGCAGACUGCCCCUUCCUUGUACAUUCAAGCCUGGCUAACCAUGGGCAAGAUCUGCCUUGCUGAUGGGAAACUUGCAAAGCGAUAUCUUCCCCUAUUUGUGCAGGAGCUUGAAAAAAGUGAUUGUGCUGCACUACGCAACAAUAUAGUUGUAAUAAUGGCAGAUUUUUGUGUGCGUUAUACUGCUUUGGUUGACUGUUAUAUGUUGAAGAUCACCAAGUGUCUGCGUGAUACAUGUGAACUAGUGCGAAGGCAGACAUUUAUACUACUGUCCAGACUAUUACAGAGGGACUAUGUGAAGUGGAGAGGAGUACUUUUUCUUCGAUUUCUGUUGUGUCUUAUUGAUGAUUCAGAGAAAAUUAGGCAACUAGCUGAUUUCCUCUUUGGGAAUAUCUUAAAAGCCAAGGCACCACUUUUAGCUUACAAUAGCUUUGUGGAAGCCAUAUUCGUUUUAAAUGACUGUAAUGCCCAUACUGGACGUAGUAAUGCUCAAAGUUUGCAAAAUGAAACCCGUCCUUUUUCUAUUCGAGGUAAUGAUGAGAAUUCAAGGUCUAAAAGGAUGCACAUCUACACCACUUUGCUGAAACAAAUGGCUCCAGAGCACCUUCUGGCUACCUUUGCAAAAGUAUGUGCUGAGAUUCUUGCAGCCGCAUCUGAUGGUAUGCUCUGUCUAGAGGAUGUUACUGGGCAGUCGGUCCUACAGGAUGCUUUCGUCAUUCUUUCCAGCAAAGAGAUCAAAAUUCAAUCCAACCGAGGAUCUUCAUUUGAGGCAGCAGAUGUAGAAGAAGAUGGUGGAGACAGUGGAGGGGCACUAGCUAAAGGAAGAGCCAUAACUCAAGCUGUGAGAAAAAGCCUUAUCCAAAAUACUAUCCCCAUCUUCAUCGAGUUGAAACGGCUACUCGAGAGCAAAAAUAGCCCUCUUAUUGGUUCCCUAAUGGAAUGCCUAAGGAUUCUUCUCAAGGACUACAAAAAUGAAAUUGACGAUCUACUAGUUGCUGAUCGGCAGCUUCAGAAAGAACUCGUAUACGACAUGCAAAAAUACGAAUCAACGAAGGCGAGGUCAACUGCAGCUAAUGCUGUUGCCACUAUGCAAAGAUCAGAGGCAUAUAAUUCUCCUGCUGAUCGUAAGGUGCGAAAUUCAAGUGCCCUCAAAAGUAAAUUGCCUGAAACGCUUAAAAGCGACACAAAAGUGGCUUCAGCGGUGGCGGAUGCACUGGCAGCAGCCACAGCACGAUCUGUGCUAAGGGAAGUAAAUAAUGGUGUAUCAACGCCUCCUCUCAGUGCAAUGGGCGUGCCGAAACUCAAAUCUUGCAUGAGGGAAACAGCUAGUCGAGGAGACCGGCCUGCCAAUGUGAUAGAAUCUCUGCGGAGGAGACAAUCUUUUGACUCCGAUGAUGAAAACUGA